AUGGCAAGUAGCCCUAAUUUUUGUGAUUUGUUUGUCCUGUUGGAUUGUCCAGAAAACCUAAAUACAUCUCUUUUCCUAGUUGGAGUAAGAAGAGGAGACGAUCUCAAUUUUGGCUUAUUUGAAGGUAAAACGGUGGAAGAGUUGACAAUCAUCGUCCCAAACAUUAUUCAGACUAUUAUUAAUGCUAUUGAAAAGGAUUUAUAUAAUUUGGCAAUCAUCUACAAUCAUCACUUGCAACAAGCCAUUGAUGAGCUGAAGAAAGAGUAUCCAAACAUUAUACUCGUUUAUGUUGACUACUACAAUGCCUAUCUGUGGCAAAGAUUUGACAAAAACUCACUACAGAAAACUUGUUGUGAAUUAGUAGAUUACAAUUAUGAAGCAAGUGCAAUAUAUGGAGCUCCAGGAGUUGUAGUGUGCGCUGAUCCCAAUGGUCGCAUCAGUUGGGACGGAAUUCAUUCGACAAAAGCAUCAUAUAAAUGGUUGGGCUUGUGGGGAUCAGAAGAGUUGAGUUUGGAGGGAUUCUUGCAAACUUCGAAAGAGAAAAUCUGGUACAACAUUGUUGCUGUCUCAGAAAUAGAAAGUAAUAAUUCACUUCAUGCAUGGUUGCAGACAGUGGCAGACCCAGAACUUUAUGCAAGCGGGUUCAGACACAUACUGAAAUCCUCGGCCACAAUCGACAGUAUGAGCGACACUGAGUUAACAAGCAGAGUUUACUAA